CGUUCAUCUACACUAUAAUUGCAAUGCGUUUCACUACUCCUAUUGUCCUCGCUACAUUAGCCGUCCUUGCUAGCGUUCAAGCCUUACCCGCUAAUACUGGCGAAGCCCACACUGCCGAAAACAAGCAUGGAGUUGAAGGAACGGAGAAAGCUCAAGGUUAUCAAAAGCCAUCUGAAAAGGAUGUUGAUAUCCCAGAUAUAGACGUCAAGAUCCCACCAGAAGGUGUGAAAGACAGACUCGAGGAUGCUGACCUGGAUGAUUUAAUCAACCAUUGCUUGGACGAUCCCGAACUUGAUGAAUGCCUUGAUAUCGACUUUGAUAUCACCGAGUGCCUUGAAGAGAAUUCGCGCGAAGAAUGUUUCGAAGAACUCAGAGAGCUGCUCGAGGAACCCUAGAUUUUUUCUAUAUGUCAUUUCUAUAUAAACAUUGUGAUAACUGUUAUGUUUGAGUAAUAUAUUUUCGUUUUUUUAUUUCCUUUUG